AUGGCGCUGCAAGAAGGAAUUCUGAGGAACCUGGAAGGCCACGAGAACUGCAACAACUCGCCAAUUCAGGUGGUUGAAGACUAUACAGGUCUUCUUGACCUGGGUCACAUCACCGAGGAUAUGAGCAUGGUUGCUCCCAUCGUGCGCAUGCCUGCCGACCUCCCCCCACCCCCCUUCUCGGUGGAGAUCCGUCGGGUGGGGGACAGAGUGGAGUAUGUGCUGCUGGACAGACUUCACAGUGUAGGGGUGUAUCCUGAUGGUGCUGUCAGAGCUGAACCACACAUGAAGGUCCUUACUGCUAACAAUGUUGGUGCCCACGCCAAACUGGCCAUUGAUGACGUCCUCCGUAACAUCUUGUAUGGACCUCAGGCCACUGGAGUGUACUUCCAACAGCUAAGGAAAAGGACCACACUACAAGGCACCCAGUGGGUUAUACUGAGUCAUGAUGACUUCACGCUGAGGACUGGCUCUCUACUGGUGGCACGAGUGGAUGGUAGUGGGACACCGAUCAUCAAAACCCAGGCUAGGGGAAACUUCAGUGCAGAAGUCAGUGAUCUGACUCGUGAUGAGAGGGCUGUGGUGCAGAAGAUCAUAACAGCACUUCUGCAGGGGGUCCCUACACAGGUGGGGCAUUAA